AGCCGUUGGUUCUGGUCUUUAUCCAUCUGCAAAACUCCUCUUGGAUUCUUUGAUUCGGGAAUACCCUGCACCUGCUAUUUCAGAGAGUAUGGUCAGAGUGAGUAAAGUUCAAUCCUCGAUGGAGCAUGUAAACUUGAUGAUGUUGAAGUUGUGGAGAGGAUAAUCAAUACAAUGGUAGAGAAGGGACUUCUUCCCAAGUGCUCAUCAUCAUUCAACUACGAUUUAGUGGUUCAAAAACUGAGUGAUAUCGGCAAGACAUUUGCCGCAGAAAUGUUCUUUAGGGGGGCUUGUCAGGAGAAUAUUAGCUUGCAGGACCGUACUUAUGGGUGUUUACUAAGAGCACUAUCCAGGGAGAGGAGAAUCAGGGAAGCAAUUUCUGUAUAUAAUAUAACUUCUCAGAGAGGUCUUACUUUGGACUAUGGCAAUUAUCAAGCACUGGCUAAUUUUCUCUGUGAAGAAGAUCAGUGUGUAGAAGUGGAAGGUUUUGAACUGUUGAAGGACAUUGUAAGAAGAGGAUUUCUUCCUUAUUCAUCAAACUUGUCCAAGUUUAUGACAUCUCUGUGUAAUAAAGGUAGAUGGAGAGAAGCAGAGGAUUUGCUGGGUGCUCUUCUAGAUAGAGGCAUUGUGCCUGAUUCUUGUUUCUGUAGCUUAUUGAUGAAGCACUACUGCAAUAGCAGGCAAGUUGAUUCAGCCAUUGAACUGCAUUGUAAGAUAGAGCAGUUGAAUGCGAGUUUGGAUGUCACGGCUUAUAAUGUAUUUCUCAAUAGACUUUUUGUAGCGAGGAAGAUUGAGGAAGCUGAUAAAGUGUUUGACUACAUGAGAAGACAGGAUUUACUUAGCAGUGAGGGUUUUGUAAUAAUGAUACGUGAGCUGUGUAAAGUGAAGGAACUUAGAAAGGCCAUGAAACUGCAUGAUGAAAUGUUGAAGAUGGGGCUUAAACCAGAUAAACCCAAGUAUAAACGUUUGAUAUCUGGUUUUGCAUGAUUAUCAGCUUCUAGCACACGUGAAGAAGUCAUCCUGUGCAUUUUUCAGUAUAUAAUGUUGGGAAUUUAGGGACUUGUAUAGAAAGAUCGGUGGUUUGUAUGACGUGUCAAUUUUCAGAAGUAGGAGGCAGUGAAGAGUUGCAGCUUCAGCUUUCUUGACUUCUUAUAUAAUCAUUAUUGUCUGUCAUGUGCAAUCAUUGACCAUUUCUAA